CCCUGCCCUGCGCGGCCCUGCCCGGCCCGGCCCCGCGGUGAAUGAUCGCACCCGGCAGCCCCCGCGCCGCUCCCGGCCCCGCCGCGGCUCCCCGGCCCUGCCGCCAUGGCCUUCACGUUCGCCGCCUUCUGCUACAUGCUGGCGCUGCUGCUCACCGCCGCCCUCAUCUUCUUCGCCAUCUGGCAUAUUAUAGCGUUUGAUGAACUGAAGACUGAUUACAAGAAUCCCAUAGACCAAUGUAACACACUUAACCCUACAGUUGAAAAGGUCAAAAAGAUUAAAAGAGUCAAAAUUGCGUUGAAGCUUGUACUUCCAGAGUACCUCAUCCAUGCAUUCUUCUGUGUUAUGUUUCUCUGUGCAGCAGAGUGGCUUACACUGGGCCUCAAUAUGCCUUUGUUGGCUUACCAUAUUUGGAGGUACAUGAGUAGACCUGUGAUGAGUGGCCCUGGUCUGUAUGAUCCUACAACCAUCAUGAAUGCAGAUAUCUUAGCUUAUUGCCAGAAAGAAGGAUGGUGCAAAUUAGCAUUCUACCUUCUAUCAUUUUUUUACUACUUAUAUGGCAUGAUUUAUGUUCUGGUGAGCUCUUAAGAAGACAUUCAGCAAGCUCUGCUCCAGUUAAGUGCAUGCAAAAGCCACAAAACAUGGAUUCUUUACAAGGAGAACCUCCUGCUGAGAUUAAACACAGAACCUGAUAACGUUUGCGUUCGAAAAGCGACGACUCUCCUCUUUUUAAACUAUUUCCACAUUUUAUACUUGUGGAAAGACUGUUUUCUUAUAUUUUACUGGGACACUGAAAUCAAGGAGUUACCUGUAAAUUACUCUAAAGAUUACUGGGGUUUGAGAAGUUUUGACUUUGCACUCCAUAAGGAACAGCCAUAAUCCUCAAGUAGGUAUCCGUUGCUGACUAGCCUUAGGACACUAGAGGUUUUCUGUAGUGGCUCAUUUGGACUUGUGUGUCCCACUCUGUCAAUCCGCUGUAGCUGCCCAGAGGGACUGGAAGUGCUAUGGGCGUGUGCCUGUAAGCAGAGCUGGUCUUGAGAGAUGAGUUCAUGGACACAGCUGCAAAAAUAGGAGUCUUGUCUUGUCUUGCUGUCUGGUUAAUCUGUCCCUGUAUGUGCAUGGUUCAGGCUUCUGUGUUUUCACCGAACGUUAGCCCUGCUUUGAUCUCACUGUGAUAGGAGGAGCUGAAUUGGCCAUGAAGAAGUGAAUUUCAAUGCUGAUUUUUUUAAUGGUUUAAUUUUUUAAUGUCUGUGCUGACUUGUUAACAAAUGGACAAAGCCACCACAUUUAACAAGUCCAAUGAUGCAAACACUUUUGAGUUGAGUACUACAGACCUUUGCAAAACAGAAAGUGAGAUUGUGAAACUGCCCUGCUGUUCCUUAGUGCAAUAAAUGGUAAUAAAAACCAAAAACUCAAAUCAGAAA